ACUGCGCAAUCACAGAAAUAACUCACCUUGCCGCUACGUUUUUCCGCCACGGCGUGCAUUUCAAGUGACUCUAAAUCGAAACAAGUCUGAUUGUUGAAACGUUGAUUCGUACGCUUUUAACAAGCAACUUAGAUAAUUUACAUUUAUUAUUAGUUAUAUAUCCUUUCAUCUUUAUUUAUUUACAUAUUAUACCAGCCGAUUGUUAUAAAAUUGUACAUCAGAAGAUGAAUAGCAAUAACGACGAAGUUCUUCAUUGUCCUUACAACAAGUAUCAUCGUAUAGCUAGUUCGAAAUUUCAACGACACCUUGUAAAAUGCGAAAAGAAUUUUCCUCCUGAUUACAAGGUUAUCUGCCCAUACAAUGCAACUCAUCGUUUGAAUAAAAGUGAGAUUGAAGAGCACAUCAAUAUAUGUCCUAUGAGAAGGACUGUUGAAGGAAGUUAUAUUCGACACAAAAUGCUGAUAGCUACGAUAUAAUUCAAUUUUAUGUAGCGCCAACAACUCAUGAGAUGAUAAGAGCAGAACAAAACGAUUCUACAAGUCAAAUUGAUUACAAUAGCUAUUGGGGAAGUCAAGAAGAAAUAUAAGAAAUUGUAAAGGUUCUGUAAACUCCAAAAUAAUUAUUAAACUCAUGGAUCAGAGGAAAAAUAUGAAACUAUUUGUUAUGACGUCAGUCAACAAAAGUUAAAACAAUAAUAUUUGGUUACAAUAUAUCUAGCUUCUCAGUAACAAAUCA